AUGAAGAAAAAUACUUUAAAAUUGAAUUUUGAAAAUACUCAAAAGACUCAUGAUAAUUUAGUAUAGAUUUUUUAAGCUAGAGCAAAUGAAAAAAGUAUAACAGAGGAUGAGAACGAUACUAAAUUGGAUUUAUCGAAGAAGAAAAUGCCUUCAUAAAUGGAAUAAAGUAUUGCAUCAUCAAUUAAAUGUGAGACGCCUUAAAGCGCCCAACAACCAAGAAUAGACUAAAUUAGCAAUAAAAGGAGAAAGAAUUAAUAUAAAGGAUUAGAAUAGCAAUUAAAAGAAUCUCAAGAUCUGGUAAUGUUAAGUCCGAUUGUAAGCCCAGGUGCUAAUGAAGGAGCUAUUUAAUCUGGCUAUGAUCUCAAAGACUCUUUUUAAAUUGAUAGUAAAACUUAUUCGUUUAUAAAGAGAGGAGAGGAUGAAAAUGGAAUAAAUAAGAAUACCGGUUACAAUCCAGAGGCUUAAUACUUUGAUAGCAGCAAUAUGAACUUAAAUUAGAGUAAAUAGAACUUGUCAUUUAAGGAGAAAGUGCUUUAAAAUAGGUAAUAUAGCCCAGAUUAAAAGUAUUAAACUGAAAAAAAUGAUGUAAAGAGCGGUCUAUCAAAUCAAAGCUCCUUAGUAGAAGAAGGAGGGGAGAAUUUAAAAUUAGAUAAAAUAAAAGUAACUUCAAAUACAGGCAAUAUGGAUAAUGGAUAUAAUUCUAAUGAGCAAAUUCCUUCAAAUAUAAAUAACACAAUGCUAAAAAGUAGAGUUUUAGCUCAGAACAAUAUGCGGUCAAGUAGGGGUGUCAUCGAUUAUUCCAACUAAAGAAAAAAAUAAAGUGUGUAAACAAUAUCUGGAUUCAAGAAAAAAGAAGAAAAGCUUGUGGAACAUGACAAAAAUUCUAAUUAAAAAAAGGAGAAGAAAGCAAAUUUUUUAGGUGUUAUUAUGAAAAUGAAAAAUUAUGCUUAUAGAAUGGCAUCUACUGUUGAGUCUAAAAGAUUAUCUAUUCUUUAAAGAUAGAAAUUUGAAUACCUUAGAGAUAAAACAGUUGUUUAUGGUAGUUGGGAGAGGGAAAAUAGUGAGUUUAAUGAUUACAAUAAAUUAAAGUAAUUUGUUUAUUUGUUUUUUCAAUUCAUCCAAUCAACAAGCUGCAUGAAAAAGUUCAGAGAAACUUUACCUGUAAUCCCUCUCUUUCUUCCUCAGUCUAUAUGGAAAUUCUUAUGGGAUAUCAUAAAUAUGAUAGUUGUUAUUGUUUUUUUUUUCUUUUUGCCUCUUCACUUUAUUUACAAUAUAAACUUUAGUGACAUAUUUUAUUUUUAAACCAUCGAUAUUGGACUUGCUGUUAUUGCUUCUUUUGAUAUUUUAAUUAAUUUAAACACUGCUUAAUACAGAAAAGGAAAUCUUCUUAGAAAGAGGACUCUAAUAUUUUUAGAGUAUUUUUCCAGAAAUGGUUUUGUAAACAUUGCCUACAUUAUUAUGUUAUGGUUAAUUAUAUUUUAGUAGCGAUACGACCUUAGUUCAUUUUAAAACUAUAAAUUUGGUUUUGUGUGUUUUAUUAUUUGUUUGCUAAAAGUUAUUGAGUCAAAUACGUUUUAGAGUAAAAUUAACGAUAGAUUUUACCUUAGAAAAAUGAAUAGAGGAAUUAUAACACUUAUGCAGAUAUUUUUUAACUUAUUUAUUGUUUCUCAUUUAUUUGCUUGUGUUUGGCUGGUUGUAGGAAAAAUCGAUGAUUCUAAUUAAGCUAUACAGUGUGCUUUCUAAGAUCCAACAAGUAGAGCUACUUGUAGUUAUACUUGGCUUGAUAAGCUAAAAGGUAUUUAAGAUAUGACUUUCUAUGAACAAUAUUUAAGAGCAUAUUACUUCACGACUGUUACUAUGAUUACUGUAGGUUAUGGUGAUAUCACUCCUGUCAAUAGUAGAGAAUACUUGCUCUCAAUUUUAACUAUGUUGAUAGCUUGUGGUAUGUUUGGGUAUAGUCUCAAUUCAAUAGGUUAGAUUCUAUCAGAAAUGAAUACCGAUUAGAAAGCAUACAAUGAGCAUUUUAAUGCAAUCAAUGGUUUCAUGCACAAGAAAAACAUAUCUAUCGAUUUGCAAUUCUAAGUUAGAGAGUACUUGCAGUAUUUUUUCAUACAAUCUAACUAAGAAGAUCUCUAAAAACAGCAAAAAGUAAUAAGGUUACUCCCAGAAGCAUUGUAAAAUCAAAUUAUGUUCGAAGCAAACAAAAUAGUUCUCAAUAUUUCUCCUCUUUUUAAACAAAAUUUUAGCGAAUAAAUAUUGCAAAAAACAAUAAGGAUUAUAGAGUAAAAAAAGUAUAGGCCUGGAGAGUAGAUAAUAAUUCAAGAUGUUGAGAAUGAUAAUUCAAUAUAUUUUAUAGAAAAAGGAAGUGUUGAGGUUUAUAAUUCAAACAGCAAUGAAGAAAUAAAAAUACUUUCAAAUGGGUCAUCUUUUGGGGAAAUUUCUUUUUUUACUGGAAUGAAAAGCUAAAUUUCUAUCAAAAGCAUUGAGUUUACAACGCUCCUAUCAAUUAAAAGAAGCAUUUUCUUUGAACUAAUUUAAAGCUCUCCACUAGAUUUAGAAAGAUUUUGUAUGAUCAAAGAUUCGAUUAUUUUUAAUAAUAAAUAUGAGACUGUAGGAAUUUACUGCUACUGCUGCAAAUCAAGUAGCCAUCUUGUUACAUCUUGCAAUUUCAUUCAUCUUCACCUUGAUAAAUUUAAAGUAAUUAAAGAAUAUGUUAAGGAUGAAUUUCAAUAAAGAGAAAAAGAAAUUUAGAGAAGAAAUAUAACAACUAAUUCGUUGUAAAAUAAAGAUCAAAUCGAAGAGUACGCUAAUUAAUUUAUAGAAGAAAAUAUCGAUGAAUUGCAAAUGGAGGGAUGGUUUAAUGAUUUAAUAAAACUUGAAUAUUAAAAUAAUUUAAUUGUGCGCAACAAUAGUCAAGGAGUAAAAAAUUAUACAAAUUCUAGAACCACUAGUCUCAACGAAAACGUGUAAAGAAAUUAAGUCUAGAAAUCAAACUCUAAUUAAGUAAGCUAAUAUGCAAAUAUAAAAAUACAAUAUCAAUACGGUAAAAGUAUUUCUGGUAAUCUCCAUGAUUACUAUGAUUCUCACUCUAAUAUGGUCAGUGAUUAUACUCCUGCAAGCGCAUAAAAUUUAUAAAUAUAAUAAAAAUCACCAAAUAAUUUCUUUCGAAGACACUCUGCGAGAAGUGAAGAGGGAUAAAAUUCUCUUGCAUUUAAUACAAGUAAAAAGGUUUAAUUCUCAAUUUCUUCUUUGCCUGCUAGUGAAAACGAUGAUCACUUUGGUGAAAAGUCAAGCUCUCCUCCUUAAUAAUAAUACAUAAAAUUAAAUUCAAAUAAUCCAAAUUCAUACCUUCAGCAAUUUAGUGUUGUGGAUUUAAAUAAUAACACUCCUACUAAUAGGUUGCGAUAACAAUCAAAUAACUCAGAAUUGCCUCCAUCUUCUAUAAAUGUGGCAACUAGCAACAAUCAUGUAAAUAUUAAUCAUGCCAAUUAUUAUAACACAUAAAAUAGUGGCUAAAAUAAUUCAAACAAUUACAAUACCAGCAGCUUUUAGGUAAAUAGCCUAAACACUUAAAUGAAUACAAAUUAAGCUAUGACUCUAGCAAAAGGUAUUCUUACAAUGCAAGUAUCAAACUAAAGCAUAUCAGAUGUACAUUCUCUUUAGUACAACUAAUAAAUUAACAAUUAAUCUUAAGUCAGAUCAAACAAUGUUUCUAUCACUACAAUGUAAAAUAAUUAAAUUUAAGCAAAAUAGAAAGAAGUGAGUGUCUAAAGAGGAAGCAAAAAGAGAAUAACUUUAAAAACUGAGAACUUUAUUAAAAAAAGACCACAAACAUCUCCACACAUCACAAAAUAGAUGAGUAAUUUAGUUGAAAGGCAAGCUAACGAGAAUUUAAUUAGACAAUUGUAAGAAUUGAUGCAAAUGCCUCACAUUUAAAAUACAAAAUAGGAUAACUCCCCAUUCGAAAUCCUCAAAAGCUUUUAAGUAUACAUGCCACAUAAUAAUCCUGAUAGAGUAAUAUUAUAGCAUUUAGUUUACAUGAGAAAAAAGCAAGGUUCUUAUCAAACUAAAAAAACAAAAAAAAGUAUUAACAAAUUUAACGAGAGCUCAUUUUUAAGAAAUGGAACUCAUGCUUCUUCUAGAAAGAAUAAUAACAACAGUAAAGAUCAUCAUCACUCACACUCUCAUGAUAAAAAAACAAUUUAAGAAUACAAAAACAUCUUAAGCGAAAAUGCUGUUGAGCAUGAAUUGUUGUUUUAAAAUAAGCAAGAUUUAUAAUCAAUAAAAUCAAUUAUGUCAUAAAACUGA